GGCCCGGCCCAUGAUCACUCACUAGAGAUUGGCGUGGCCAAAUGGCCAUAUUCAGAGUUUUUUCCCUCCUUUCCCAUCUUGCGUAGCUCAUGAGUCAUGGCUCGAGUUCUGGUUCUCUACUUGCUAUCUUCGAUCUUGCUGCUUCCUGGGGAUAUAGCUUUUUAAGUCAUGGCUCUCCAGAGAAAGAAAAGACCUUGGCAAUGAUAAAACCAGAUGGUUUGUUUGGUAACUAUACAGAUGAAAUAAAGAGGGUUAUUCUGCACUCCGGUUUCAGCAUCCUCAAGGAGAUGUCGAUUCAGCUUAAUGAGGUUAAUGUCAGACUCUUUUAUGCAGAGCAUUCUAAAAAGAGCUUCUUUCCCAGCCUUGUGAAGUAUAUGACGAGUGGUCCAGUGUUUGUUAUGAUUCUGGAGAAGGUGAAUGCAAUUGCUGAUUGGCGUGCUUUGAUUGGACCCACUGAUGCAAGUAAGGCUAAGGUCACACACCCUGAUAGCAUCAGAGCUAUCUGUGGGUUGGAUUUAGAAAGAAAUUGUGUUCAUGGUUCAGAUUCUCCUCAAUCUGCUGCAAGAGAGAUUUCGUUUUUCUUUGGAGAUACAUUGUCAUCAGGUGUCCCAAAACAUGAUGAGUUGUGAAAGGUACUUUCGUAGAAUCUAGAUAACCAAUCGCACCAGCCACAGAGACAUGUUGACCAUUGUAUUCUAUAUAAUCAGAGUUGCUAACUUAUUCUAGAAAUCAAGCAGAAUUUGUUCAUAUUGUAAACCUGGGUUCCUUCCGUUUUGUGCCUCUUAAAAGGUUUUGAUUUAUUAUCUGCACUACCACCUCUCAUGGUUUAGCUUGAAAGGCUGGUUCUGAUCAUAGAGCUACAUAAUUUAAAGGGUAAUGUUUCCCUGGAUUGAGCAUUUCUGUGGUAAAUGGAGUAGCAUAUCUGGGUCCUGGGAAGUGGGAAUUAACUAUUUUCUGAUCCCAUUCUGGGGUAUAUAAAAGAAAUUCUAGAAUCAA